CUGAAAGAAACUGAAAGUAGCAGUGAUGAGCUGGGCAGUGUGUGGGCAGACGCUGGGAAGAGUAUCUGUAUCGAGUCUUCAGUGAAUUGGUAAUAAAAAGCUAAACUAACCCACAGAUCAUCAGAACUGGUUCAGGCUAGGAAGAAUCAAGAUGAAGCUGUUUCUCCUCCUCCUCUGUGCAUCUCAUACAGCAGCAGAAAUCUACUUGUACACCACCAAGUUCACUGCAGUUACAGGAAUAGCAGGCCUGCCUAAGUUUACAGCUGUGUCCUUCCUUCACGGAAAGCAGAUUGAUUAUUACGACAGCAAAUGCCACACCCUCCUCCCUAGACAGCUGUGGGCGAAGAGGGUCUUUGGCGACUCCCUACUGGCAGAAAACCACACGGCUGCGCUUUUCAGAAUCUCUUCAGUUACAAAGUGGGCUCACCAGUGCGAUGGAGAGCUCUGGGCAUGAAGAAGGUGUGCACACCUUUCAGAGGAUGUACGGCUGUUUGUGGGAUGAGGACUCUGGUCACUCUGACGGCUUUGACGUGUACGGUUAUGAUGGGGUGGACUUCAUGACUCUGGAUCUGGAGAGCAGGCAAUUCAUUGCCUUGGUUCCUGAGGCCAAAUUCAUGGCACAGGAGUGGAACAGGAACACAACCCAGCUCGAGACCCUUCUCCUCUACUACACACAUGAGUGUGUAGCCUGGCUGAAGACGUUUUUUGUUAAGAACCAUAAAUAUGAUGUUUUCUUUCUUCCUCUCUGUCCAGUCAUACCUACAAUAACACAACGCUUGAAGCUGGGUUUGCUCUCAGUGGUGGUGUGUCGCGUUACAGACCUGUCCUCCAAAACUGUGCGGAUGUGCUGGCAGAAAAAUGAAGAAGAUGUUGAGGACUAUGUGGAGAUCGGAGAGACUCUGCCCAAUGGAGACGGAACCUUCCAGAAGACCAUCUACCUUGCUGUGAGGCUGGAGGAGCUGAUAAAGAACAAGUACAGAUGUGCUGUGGAAUUCAGGACGCUGACAGGAAAAACGCUCCUGACAGUGUCACAGGACACCACGUUCAAAAUGAACUACGGAACCCAGUCUCACUCUCAUGCUCGUCAUUCUAAAUGGGGCUCCUAUAAUGAGGAUAAUUAUGACAAGUACGACAACGAUGAAGCCUACGUUGAUGAAGACUAUGAUGAUGAAGCCUACGAUGAUGAAGACUACGACGAUGAAGCCUACAUUGAUGAAGACGACGAUGAUGAAGCCUACGUUGAUGAAGACUAUGAUGAGGAUGACUGGCAGCAUCCAUUCUUUCAGAGAAGGAGUUUCUGAUGAUGGUGAGCAGCGAUCCUCAUCUCGUCUCUGAUUGAUGAUGAGUGAAUGAGGAAAAGGAUGAAAACUGUCUGUAUAUGACAUCAUGUCAGUCUCUCAGGGGUGAAGCUGUUCUCUAACUAUGAAAAAUGCUUUUCUCAAUAUUUCAGAAUAACUUCUGAACCUUAAUGCUGUGAAUUUUCUUCUGAUAUACCAACGUAAUGAAAUCUCACAUGUGCAAUGUGUCCAAAAGUUUGUAGACACCAGCGUUUCUUCUGAAAUGAAAGGUAUUAAUAGGGACUUUGUUCCACUUUGCUGCAGUAACAGCCUCUAUUUUUCUGGGAAGACUUUGCACUAGAUGUUGGAACGUUGCUGUGAGGAUUUGAUUGAGCGUUAGUGAGGUCACGUACUGAUGUUGGAUGAUCAGUUCUGGAUCUCCGACUCAUCCCAAAGGUAUUGGAUGGAGCUCCGUCACUCCAGAAAACACAGUUCCACUGUGGCACAGUGGGGCUUUAUACCCCAGCCUAGAUGUGAGGCUCAUGUGCAGCUGCUCCAGAGCUUCCCAGUGCGUUUCUAUGGAGAUUAUAUAAACUGUGUGUGGGUGCAAUUCAGUGACAGUGAUGUUUGCAGCUUAAAGUAACUGAAUUCAAUAAUUAAAAGGGCUGUCUGGAAUUUUUGGACAUAUUGUGUAACUAAUAAAUGAAGUACAACUUAAAACUGUUUAUACAUAAUUAGUUUUUAUCUCUAAAAUUGUUUUUUAAAGUAAACACUGUCUUAUUCUGUGUAAUAUAUUGUCUAAUUAAAAAAGGUUGUGUCAUUGUU